AUGAGGGUUAUAAGUCCUAUGAGCGAGCCGGAUGAGAGCGAGGCCAGGAUGGUGGAGCUGGCCGGGGAGGACGGGGAGGAGAAUGAGGGGGGGUUUAGGGGGAGGAGCGAUAAACGGUCCAAGAGGAUGGAGCGGGCGAUUGUGAGGUUGUCGGCUGAAAUCGCCGCGUUGAGGGAGCAGAUUGCUACGGGAAGGGAGUGGAGGACGAAGAAGGAUAGUGGGUUGGGGGCGUGGGUGAGCUGGGGGUUUUGGGGGGCGGUGAAGCAUUUUACUGUUGAUCUGCUUCUGCUUGUUCUGCUGCUUGUUUGGAUGAGGAAGAGGAAGGACAGGAGGUUUGAGGAUCACGUGAGGGGGUUGUUCAGGUUGGGGAGGGAGUAUGCUCGGAAGAUACUGCCUUCGAGAUGA